AUGGCACAUCAAUUGCUUUCAUCGGCCGGCAAAUUGGAAAAAUUACUUCUAAAAUCCACCCAGAAAGGUUACUUCGACAUAUUUCAGUUAAAGCGGCAAUUAUCUUUACUCAAAAAUGAUACAUUAUUAUCUACAAUUGAACAAUUGCAACAAAAAUGGAGAUCAUUUUGUAAACAACCACCUAAAGGAUUUGAAAAGUUUUACAAACCAGGUGAGACCAAAAAUGUUGAAAAUAUUGGUAAAAAGGCAGAAGAAGCAUCAAGUAAAAAAGCUAGUACACAAAAACCAUCAUCUAGCUCUAGCUCUUCUUCUAGCUCCAAAGAUUUUCAGUGGAUAUUUAAAAUGUUUGGAGACAGUAGUCAACGUGGAUCUAAAGGAUUUGAGGGUGGUGACAAGGAUAAAACAUUCAUGAUUUUGAGUGCAGCUAGUUUAGCUGGUUUAGUUAUAUAUAUAUUUGCCCAGGAUUUUAAUCAAAAAGAAAUCACAUGGAGAGAAUUUGUAUACAAUUAUUUAGGUAAAAAUCUUGUUGAGAAAUUAGAAGUGAUAAAUAAGAAGUGGGUACGUGUAAGACUUAUGCCUGGAUAUACUGUUGAUAGCUCGGAUACCUUAUGGUUCAAUAUUGGUAGUACAGAUACUUUUGAAAGAAAUCUGGAAAAUGCUCAACUUGAAUUAAAUAUUGGUCCUGAGAAUUAUAUCCCUGUGGUUUAUAAAAAUGAAGUAGAAAGUAUAAACCUACUGUCAUAUCUACCGCAGAUUUUGAUGUGGGGUUUUCUUAUUUUCCUCAUUCGAAGAUCUGCGGAAGCAAUGACUGGUAAAGGAGGUAAAAGAGGUGGAUUAUUUGGUCAAGUAAUGGAAUCGACAGCAAAGCUGAUCAAUUCGAAAGAUAUUGGUGUACGAUUCAAGGAUGUAGCUGGAUGUGAAGAAGCUAAAAUAGAAAUUAUGGAGUUUGUAAAUUUUCUGAAAAAUCCGCAGCAAUAUAUAGAUCUUGGAGCUAAGAUACCAAAGGGCGCUAUGUUGACAGGGCCACCUGGUACUGGUAAAACGUUACUGGCAAAAGCUACAGCUGGUGAAGCGAAUGUACCCUUCAUUACAGUGUCGGGUUCUGAAUUUUUAGAGAUGUUCGUAGGUGUUGGCCCUUCUAGGGUGCGCGAUAUGUUCUCUAUGGCACGAAAGCAUGCACCGUGUAUAUUAUUUAUUGAUGAAAUCGAUGCAGUAGGUAGGAAGCGAGGAGGUCGAAAUUUCGCUGGACACUCGGAACAAGAAAACACUUUAAACCAGCUUCUGGUGGAAAUGGAUGGAUUCAAUACAACGACUAACGUGGUCGUUUUAGCGGCGACUAAUAGGGUAGAUAUCUUAGAUAAAGCGUUGUUGAGACCUGGAAGAUUUGACAGGCAAAUAUUCGUACCUGCACCUGAUAUUAAAGGCCGAGCAUCUAUCUUCAAAGUGCAUUUAGCUCCUUUAAAAACAACAUUAGAUAAAGAUCAAUUAGCGAGAAAAAUGGCUUCUUUGACUCCUGGAUUCACAGGAGCUGAUAUCGCGAACGUUUGCAACGAAGCAGCUCUAAUAGCAGCCAGAGACUUGAAUGACAACAUUCAAUUGAAAAACUUUGAACAAGCUAUCGAGAGAGUAGUCGCCGGCAUGGAGAAGAAAACUAACGUAUUGCAGCCUGAGGAGAAGAAGACAGUUGCAUAUCAUGAAGCUGGUCACGCAGUAGCUGGUUGGUUUUUGGAAUAUGCAGACCCGCUUCUAAAAGUAUCCAUUAUCCCACGUGGCAAAGGAUUAGGAUAUGCACAAUAUUUGCCGCGCGAGCAAUAUCUCUAUACAAAAGAACAGUUAUUUGAUCGAAUGUGUAUGACACUCGGUGGGCGAGUGUCAGAAGAGAUAUUUUUCGGUCGUAUAACCACAGGGGCCCAAGAUGAUUUACAGAAGAUUACAGAAAUUGCGUAUGCACAAAUCACGCAAUUCGGUAUGAACGAGAAAGUUGGGAACGUAAGUUUUCAAGUACCGAAACCAGGAGAUGUAGUUUUAGACAAACCAUAUUCCGAGUACACCGCCCAACUCAUCGACAAUGAAGUUCGUAGUUUGGUCGAUAGCGCGCAUAAACGAACGCGAACUCUUCUGUCUGAACAUAAAGAAGAUGUAAUCAAGGUUGCAGAACGGUUACUGAAGCAGGAAAUUUUAAGUAGAGAUGAUAUGAUCGAAUUACUCGGAGCACGGCCUUUUCGCGAGAAAUCCACAUACGAGGAAUUUGUUGAAGGUACUGGCUCUUUCGAAGAAGACACUACGUUACCGGAAGGAUUAAAGGAAUGGAAUAAGCCACAGGAGGAGGACUCCGAGGAUGGUAAUAAAAAGAGCAAAGAGACAGAAUCUAACAAGUUUCAAGCGAAACCUUCCAAAUUAGCCUCCGACGACCAGCAACAGCCACAGCAAUGAUUGUAAUUGUAAUAUUUUAGUGUUUCAAAAUGCUUUGUAUAAUAGUUUGAAAUACAUAAUUAUAGUAAGUCACUAUGUUCAGCAGUGUAUUCAGUUGCAUCAGCUGUUGUAAUCGUUGUGCGUGACAAAAUUGUCGUUUAGUAUAAUAUCUGUUAUUAUGUGUAAUAAAAUCUGGACGACAUCUGCAUGACGUA